ACUUCGAUGAUUUCCGGAGAUUGGCGAAAAGUUACAAUCGGAAAUUAGCGGGAAUUGAGUUUGUAAACAAAUAUUGUUGUUGUUUUUUUAAAGAAAAUUGACGAAUCUUACGAAAUGAAAGGACCACCAACAAAAGAAUAUCUUCUCAGACUGGGGAUGUCCGAUUGCCUAUCGAAAAUUCAAAAUAUAGAUUUGUCACAGCACAACCUGACAGAAAUUGAUACAUCACUGUUUAAUGAACUUUCAUCUCUGGAAUGUCUGGACAUUUCCCGCAAUUCUCUUACUUGUGUCCCUGAUGACCUGCACUUGCCAAGCCUCCGCAUUCUUGACAUUGCCGACAACAAACUGACCUCUGUCAACUUCGUGAAGAGAUUCAAGAAACUAAGAGAGCUGUAUAUUGAAGAUAAUAAAUGUCUUCGUAUGGAGGAUGACUACAUUGCGAGGGUUCUGUGUCCGAGCCUACAGACGAUUGACGGUGCCCAUGACAUCGGCCAUAUUGACCAUGUGGUGCGGCAGUACACUGACCAGCUACAGCCACAGAUAGAGGCUGUAUGGGUUGGGCGGUUUGGAGAGGUGUACCAGGAUGGGAUCCCUGUCUCUGAGAUUGACAGCCUGCACAAGGAGUUUGUUGACACCAUAGCACAGGGAAAUGUUGGUGACAACCUCACUCUCACAAAGUUCAGGGACUUCAUGAUAAAUCAUCUGUGCCAAUGCCUGCUGGACAGGGUGAACAAAGGUCAGGGGCCGACAUUGAGUGGUAGGGGAGGGGCCACAGGGACACCUUCACGAUAUGGCACCAGGGUCUCACUGGGGGUAACACCAGGAAAGAACUGCAGCAAUGGCACUCCUGUUGUAAAAUCCACUGAGAAAGCAGUCCAGAAUGUUAGCAGAAAGAAACGAAAGAGGGAAGAUUCUCCACCCAGUGACCAAGUUAAAUCUCCUGGGGCAAAACGGAGAAAGGAGACACAUGAUAGCCCUAAAUUUACCCUGAUCAGGCCCACCCAGGAAAUGACAACUGGCAAACUGCCAACAUUACAUGACUAUGACCCAUCCUUGUUCAUACGAUGCCACUCGAAGGGGAAUAACCCAGAAGAUGCUCACACCAAGGUCUGGAAUUGUGCUUUUGAACCAGUCACAGGCGGAGCUCAAGGGGAGACAACCAACGUGGUAGCGAGCUGUGGAGGAAAGCUGGUGUGUUUUGUUGACUGUGGCACUGGAAAGGUUGUCCGACGUUAUAAGGACACCAGCAAGUCAGAGUCCUUCUUCGCCCUUGCCUGGACCACCCUGCCCGCUGACGGGGAUGCCCUAAAGGAAGAUACAAACAUUCUUGCUGUAGGAGGUCAGGAUGAGGUGGUGAAGCUGCUGCACCCAAGCCAGCUGGUCAUGGUUGGUCAGCUGAUUGGUCACCGUGGUUACAUCUCUGCCCUUGUAUUCCACCCAAAUAAACCCAACAUACUCUUCAGUGGUUCUAGAGAUAGCAAAGUUAUCAUGUGGAAAAUAGGCACUCCUGAUUUCAAGAGCAACUCUAUAGAAUGCACCCAACAGGCGGUGUUGAGUCUGCCAAAGACUGACACAAUAUCACUGACGGUGGAGCCGACCUCAGACAUGCUGCUGGCAGCAUGUGAGUCUUCGUGCUUUGCUUGGAACACAUGUAAACUACGCACAGGAAACAAACACACUCAGCUUCCUCAUUAUGAGUUUGUUCACCCGCGAGAUGAGAGGGAUGACGAUAAGGGACCUAUGAUAGAUGGACUGGAAGUCUUGCCCAAUGGAUGUGUUGCUACUAAGUGUGUUGGUCAUGGGCGAGUGUAUGUUUGGAACGUUGGAGCCCAGAUGAAGAAAAAGGCCAGGUCACAUCCCCAGAGGGAACAAGUGCAACUGCUGGCCCAGCUGGAAUACACCCUUACAGAGGUCGACUACCUUUAUCUUCACUCAAACAAAGGUCUGCUGUGUGCUGGGGACGACCAGGGCCGUGUUUACAUGUACAACCUUGGACUCUUAACUAGGCAUUCGACACCUUCCUCCCAUCUCCUUCAACCAUCCAGGGUAUUGGAGUCUCCAGAUCUUGUGAUAGACACCCACUACUCAUCAAAAAUGACUGACCUGCAAACAGACCAGGAGUCUGUGGUGAACUGUGUAGCUGUGAGCUCUAGUCAGGAGUAUCUAGUGUCUGGGACGGAUAACAACCUUCUGUGUGUGUGGAGACGAACAAGCCAGUGAAACACUCCACACCUCAUCGUGAUGAAAUUAAGUCCACUGCUCCCCUUGUAGCAAUCUAAUGCAAAGCUGAUUUUAAUUAGAUUCAAUUUUUUAUUAUAAGUUUAAUAAAAAAAUAUGUGACAUACUUUUGACUGAAAAUAGUGGAUUGGUCAUAAAAUGAUUGCAUUCUAACAUGCCAUACAUUGUUCUGAAGUUAUUUUCACUUGCAUUCAAAAUGUCUUAAGCUGAUUCAUUCCAGCUUAUAAAUAUUAAGAUAUUUAAUGAAAAGAAAUGUUUUACAAGAAGAAUGAUUUUUAUCAAAAAAUAUACUGUUAUUUGCUUGUCUUUAACAAAUUUUAUGAAAUCUUGUUUAUUGAUGUUUUACGAACAUAAAUUUUAUCUUGUCUUUUGUUUUACAUAAAACUUCAAAACUUG